AUGGCUCUCCGAACCUCAGAUGGAACAACAAAAUCAUCGAGAAGGGGAAUGGAGGAAAUCAUCUACGACUUCUACUCUGAUCUCUCCGACGGCCAUGUCUACUUGCCUCCUCACCAUCUGAGAGAAGACGGACAUGUCAUUCUGGAGGUUCUCCCGUCCGAAGUACGACAUGCCAUCAUGCCGGUAGGAAGUCGUACUGCACCUUUUCCUGACAGAAUAAGACCAGAACACUUGAAGAACCUUCCGCCAGUAUUCAUCAACACCCUGGCGAGGACCCUCUUUACAGGUUACCUGUCGGAAUACAAGGUUCCUAGAAGACCAGCAAGACCGUGUUGUUGUACAAAAAGUGAGAUCUACGUGACAUCGGAAACUAUCGCCUGA